GCUAUUACGUACGCACAUAGGCAUACAAUUUUUCUUUUUUUUUACUUGCUGCAUCUGGAGGAAGGAAUGGUUUUCGUAUUUAUACAGGCCCUCUUUGACAGGUUAUUUGAUGCUUUUGUGAGUCAACAUCUGCCAGAAUGACGUCCUAAGAAGGAAGGAAGAACUGGGCAUAGUGAUUAAUGCGGGGCCUGCCUGGGGAGUUGGACACAACAAGGCUGGUGGGAGAUGAAGAACAGUCACUUCCAAAGGCCAUUAUAGUAGCAGUAAAAAAGGCACAGAGAGGCGACAACAUGCCUUGUGGGCAAGGGGUUAGGACACGUCUAUAAAUGACUCCAGGAAUUCCUGCUAACACUGUCACCUCCAAAGAGCAAAGUCCAUUAUAAUAGCAGUAGAAAAGGCACAGAGAAGAGAAAGCAUGCUUUGUGAGCAAGAGGUUAGGGCACAUCUAUGAGUGAUUUUAUGCCAAUCAGUCAGGUAACCCUUUUUGUCCAACACAUCUGUGUGUUGAACAACAAUGCUGUCACAGAUGGAAGAGCUAAUACUCCAUUCUGAGAUCUCCUAAGUUUUAUAGAAUAUCAAUAAUUUAGAGUUGGGGAGGGGAAAUUAUCAUCUGACCAGUCUUUGGAAUAUGACUAUAGUUAUGUUAAUGAUGUUCAUUUACCAGGGAUAGAUCCUCAGUCUAAGUGAGACCCAAUAAUUGAAGUGAUUUAGAAUGCUGAGAACUGCUCAUGAUUGAAAAAAGGUGUGGAGUUGGCUGCAAAGCAGACGGUGAUGGUGGAGGCUUUCUCUGUAAGAGUACUGCUCACAGAACAAUCUGUAUUAUGAAGUGAAGAGAAAGAGAAGGCUUGGAUUGAUUACAGGAUCCAAUGUGUCCAAAGACUGCAUAAUGCUCCAAUGUCUACUUUAGUAUAGUUUGUAUGGCUGGAUCCCCCUUUCUAAUGCCAACCAUUUUACAGCAUGUACUGAGUGCUUUUUUUGUGCCAUCGGCAUUAUUUAAAUCAUCUUGCAGUUUUGCAAGAGUGCAAAUCCCAAAGGAGGAGGUGACUUUAGUAUAAGUCGUGAAGGCAGAUCUGGUUCUUGUAGAAGAACUGCAUGGUUAUUCACAUUUAGUAGAGGAUGGAGAGAAUGAUCAGUCGAAGCUGUGACCAGAUAGACAGUGGCAAUGAGAUGUCCACAUGGCCCCUCAAGGCGCGAGCUGAGUAGAAGAGGAUGGUUGAGGUGUUUGCAAGAUUGUAUGGGGAGCAGAAGAUGAGGCGAUGUAAAAAAAAGUUGAGUUGGGUUGAAGGAAGUCAUGAGAUGGGGAAGAUUGGGGAAUGCAGAAGAGACCAGGUGGAGACAGAGCAUAGCAAGAUGGUAGCGAUGUUCGUUUACCCAAGCUAGCAUAGGUUAGCCCAGUGUUUCUCAACCAUUUUUUACCUAUGAAUUGAAUCCCUUUGGUUACUAUUUGAUUCCAGUGGAUCCCACCCAUAACCAUUCAAUGUUUAAAAUCUGGUUUUGUACAUCCUUCUUUCAAAAUUUCUAUUUUGUUUUUCGCACAAUCACUUGUGUAUAUUUGCAAUAAGCACUUGCUGAGAGAACAUGUUUCAUUGACCAGAAACAUGUUAAACUAUGUAAAACAUGUGACCUUGUGUACCCCAACACUGUAUACAGAAUUGUUUGAGUUGUUCCCACAAUGGUUGCACGCUGUUUACAUGAAGGAAUGCACGGUUGAGCCACAGCUAUUGAUUCCAAACUGAAAUAUCCCAUGACAUGUUGUUUCCAAGCACUUCCUUGCCAAUCCCACCCCCUUUACCACAUCAUUUCUCUUGUAGAUUUUUCUCAUGCGGAAUCCAUCACAUAGAUGUAAUUCUUAUGUCUGCUAAUUGUUCAGCAUGGUAGCAGCAACACCAAUAGCCGCAAAGGAGAGUAUAUCCACUGACAGCUUUUUGGUGUGUUCAAGAAUCACAUCCCCCCCACACACACACACACACACUUUUCCAUGACAAGGUUAGGGCCUGGAAUCUUUCAAACAGAUGCACGACACGUCACUUAGUCGAAGUAGCCCUUCAUUUACUCCACAAAUGUUUUGUUGUCAAUGCUGCACUUCCCUGUAUCACAUGUUUCAACUUAACUGUACCAUAUAUACAAACUAUGCCAAUUAAAUCCCAGCAACGCCCGUGCGUAAAGAUGAGUAAAAGGAGAGGAGAACCAACAACAACCAUGGCAAGAAAAGGUGUUAAGAAAAAGAAGAUCCUACCAUCCAACCCAAAUGCUCUGCUUGUCAAAUGGCUAAAAGAAUGGCAAGCAGAAGCCAAUGAAAAAGGCAGCAAAGUUCAAUAUACUUACAGCAAGGCCAUAAAUUCAUUAAAGAAAUAUCCUCUCCCUCUAAGAAGCGGUAAUGAAUGUCUCAUUUUAGAAAACUUUGGGAAGAAGGUUUGUGAGAUGAUUGAUGAGAAGAUUGCUCAACACUCAGCUGAGACAGGAAUGGAAAUAUCCGAAAUGUUUGAUGCUGAAAGUGGGACGUCGAGACCGGAAAAUGUAACUAAAACGACCCAGAAUCCCAGUACUGAUGAGAAACUUGAACUGUGUUCUAGGCUGGCAGUUCACACUAUUAGCAGCUCAGAUGAAAAUGACACAGAAGAAGAUGAAGGAGGAGAAGAAGGAGGGGGUGGAGGAAAAGACGCUCCUCCAUCUGUUGUCCCCCAAAUUGAUAGUUUAACAUCCAUAAAAUCUAUCAGUGGCUCUAAAACAAAGGCAUAUGUUCCCAAAUAUCGUUCUGGUGCUUAUGCAGUCUUACUAACUCUGUUCAGAAGUCAGAAGGAAUGCAUGACCAAAGAAGAACUGAUUCGUGAAGCCCAGCCACUAAGUGAGACAUCAUUUAAGUCAGUGGGAGAUUCUUACUACACUGCUUGGUCCUCAGUCAGAAAUCUAAUAAAGAAAGAACUUGUUGUAAAACAAAACAGCCCUGCAAGAAGGGAAGAAGUUGUUCUUGUGGAUGAUGUUGUCUGCAUUGAUGAUGAUGGUGAUAAUGAGAAUAAGGUCUGCCAAACUGACCUUUGUGAAGAGGAUGGUCCAAAUUUAGUUGUUACGAAAGCCACUAUCAACCCAGAAUUAGUACUACAACCCUACACGUUUGAUAUUAUGCUUCUUGUUGAUAACCGUGAGUUUUAUGGUGGGUAAGUGCUUAUUUUAUAU